AUGAGUACUAGUGCCCGUCGUCGUCUUUUGCGGGAUUUCAAGCGCCUUCAAAAUGAUCCUCCCACAGGUGUGACGGGUGCUCCUAUGGACACAAACAUUAUGAUGUGGCAGGCUGUUAUCUUUGGUCCCGACGACACGCCCUGGGAAGGUGGCACCUUUAAACUUGUACUAGAGUUUACGGAGGAUUACCCCAACAAGGCACCUCAGGUUCGCUUCUUGACGAAAAUGUUCCAUCCCAACAUCUACAACGAUGGACAAAUCUGUUUGGACAUUCUCCAGAAUCAGUGGUCUCCAAUAUACGAUAUUUCCGCCAUUUUGACGUCGAUUCAGUCUUUGUUGUGUGAUCCCAACCCGGCUUCUCCGGCCAAUUCAGAAGCUUCUCGUCUAUACAAUGAGAAUCGUCGUGAAUAUAAUCGCCGCGUACGAGAAAUUGUCGAGCAGAGUUGGGUCGAUGAGGCAUAAGAGUGGCGCGGUCGUGGGAUUGCUCUGCCACACGGCGAGUAGAAUUUCCCAACUGAACAUGUUUGUGAUAGACUGGUUGAAGUUCAGAAUCUCAUCCCCUUAUAGCCACGUUUAUUUGAGGACAAUUGGAAUUCUAUAGCCUACCCUAUUGUCAUAGAGGAUUUCUAAAUCUUUA